UUCUGGCUCCACCGAUGUUGAUGGUAUCUCAAAGGCUUUUAGUCAUCAAACAAAGCAUAACAUCGAAACCUAUAGAUAUACUCUCAAAAUGACAUAUAGCGGCACAUGAGGAGGAGUCUAGGACAAGGAAGUAGUAGAUCUUCCUCUGUACUCUCUUCAACAUUUUCAAUUUUGUCGCAUAAAUAAAAUCAAUAAAUGCAUAUAAUUAUAAAUACAUGACCCUAAAAUAAAAACCCUUGAACCGCAGAGACAGAAGAUUCUAAUUGAUUUUGAUCAAUGGGAGAAAGUGGAGAAAGUGCAGAAUGCUCUGCUUCAGCCUCAGCCUCAGCCAAACCCUCAGAUGAAAUCUGGGCAAAGCUUGUUCAGUCUGACUCGAGAUACCCUGAUGUUGAGAUAAGGUCAGAUAAAGGCCAAAUACGUUCGGAGAUAUCAACCGCUUCUUGUGACAAACAUAGGUGGUGCAAAAUAGUAAGGAAUUCUGAUCUAUGUUCUGCCACAUUGAAAAAUAAGAGUUCAAAUACAAUACUGGUUGAUGGGGCUGAGGUAGGCAAAGGUGACACUGUUGUUAUCAAGGAUAGAAGUGAAAUUAUCCCAGGCCCUGCUAAAGAAGGAUUUGUCAGCUACAAAUUCCAAAUUGUGUCUAGCCCAGAAAUCUGCCAGACGCUGCUAAAGAUAUGUGUAGAUGUUGAUCAUGCAAAAUGUAGUAUUUGCUUAAACAUAUGGCAUGAUGUUGUUACUGUUGCUCCAUGCCUUCAUAACUUUUGCAAUGGUUGCUUCUCAGAGUGGUUACGGAGAUCGCAGGAAAAACGUUCAACUGUACUUUGUCCUCAAUGCAGAGCAGUUGUUCAAUUUGUUGGGAAAAAUCACUUUCUGCGUACCAUCGCGGAGGAUAUGGUGAAAGCUGAUUCUUCCCUAAGACGCUCACACGAUGAAGUUGCGCUUUUAGAUACGUAUGCAUCAGUACGGUCAAACCUUGUCAUUGGAUCUGGAAAGAAGAGUAGAAAGAGGGAGAGGGCCAACACAACAAUGGUUAAUCAAAGUGAUGGUCCAGAUCAUCAUUGUUCGCAGUGUGGUAAUAUUACCGUUAUACAAUGUCAAACGAGGCAGUCUAUGCAGCACAACAUAUUUUUUCCCCAUCAAUCUUCUUGGUUUUCCGUGCUAAUUAUUUACGACAUUCAGUUUACUGUUGUUGGCGGGUUUCAAUGCGAUCCCAGCACUAUUCAUCUCCAAUGUCAAGAAUGUGGAGGAAUGAUGCCUUCCCGUACUGGUCUUGGUGUUCCUCAAUAUUGCUUAGGAUGUGAUAGACCUUUUUGCGGAGCAUACUGGAGUGCUCUUGGGGUAACUGGGAGUGGCUCUUAUCCUGUUUGUUCCCCAGAUACUUUAAGACCGAUAUCUGAACACACUAUAUCAGGAAUUCCUUUGGUAGCCCAUGAAAAGAAUCUGCAUGAACAGAAUAUCACUGAAAGUUGCAUAAGACAAAUGGGGAGGACAUUGCAGGAUGUCAUAUCAGAGUGGAUAGCAAAGCUGAAUAACAGAGAAAUCGAUACAACACGACUGAUGCUGAAUCACGCAGAGAUGAUGACUGCUGGGACUCUUGUAUGCAGUGAUUGUUAUCAGAAGUUGGUGUCAUUUUUCUUGUACUGGUUUCGCAUUUCUACACCCAAACACCUUCUCCCACCAGAAGCAUCGACAAGAGAAGAUUGCUGGUAUGGAUAUGCAUGUCGGACACAGCACCGUAGUGAAGAGCAUGCUCGUAAAAGGAAUCAUGUUUGCCGUCCAACCCGAGGCUCCCAUUCCUGAUGCAAACAAAUCUAUUUCUUUUAUGAUAGAUUUGUGUUUUGUUGAGUAGUCUUCUUUCUUGAAAAAAAAAAAAUAGUCCCUUGGAGAAAUAACUUUUGUUUGCUUGGUUGGCAUCGUUGCCUGGAUUCAUAGCAGUUGAAAAUUGAAAAGUUGAUUAUCUUAAUAAUAAUUUUUUUUUGAAAGA